AUGAGCAAGGCCCAUCCGCCAGAGCUUAAAAAGUUUAUGGACAAAAGAUUGCAGUUAAGAUUGAACGGCAGCAGAUUAAUCACAGGAAUUCUCAGAGGUUUCGAUCCAUUCAUGAAUCUUGUCAUCGAUGAGGCUGUUGAAGAGACUAAAACUGGAGAAAGGAAUGAAAUCGGCAUGGUGGUUGUCCGUGGAAAUAGUGUCGGAUUGCUAGAAGCUUUAGAAAGAGUGAUGUAA